UGCGCACUUUCACCCUGAAACUAAACAUGAAGGAAGACGCCUCCUGUGAGCAACGUGAUGUCGCUCGUGUCUGUCGUGUCUGUCGUGUCUCUCAUGUCUCUACGUGAUGGAAGUGUGACGCACAAGUUCCUCGGUGAACCGACGCUAUUCGACUGUUGACGCGGGUCCAACUCGAGGAUCAUGGUUCGUUCAUCGACUCGAGGAACGGCAGAGUGAACCAGCAGAGCGUUCACACACACACACACACACACACACACACACACACACACACACACACACACACACACACACGCGGCUACGCUCUCAGUGAAGACGCCAUGUGGUGGUUCCAGCAGGGUCUGUGCUUCCUGCCCGCCUCGCUGGUCGUCUGGACGGUGGCGUCCUUCAUCUUCGCUUACAUCACAGCGGUGGUGCUGAGACAUGUGGAUCCUCUGGUGCCGUACAUCAGUGACACUGGGACGAUGGCACCAGAGAGGUGUGUGUUCGGCAUCAUGUUGGAUGUGUCCGCCUUUUUAGGUAUGGCCACUGUGUACGUGCGUUACAAACAGGUGGAGGCUCUGACGGGCUCUGACAAGCUCACUCUCCACAGGCUGAACCGCUUCGGGCUGCUGCUGGGCUUCAUCAGCUCCUUCGGGAUGUGCGUGGUCGCCAACUUCCAGAAGACGACGCUGUUCUCCAUGCACCUGGUGGGCGCGGUGCUGACCUUCGGGGUCGGGGCUCUCUACAUCCUGGUUCAGACGCUGCUCUCGCUCAACAUGCAACCUCACGUCCACAGCAGGAGCAUUUACCUGGUCCGCCUCGGCAUCGGAGUCUGGACCCUGAGCAGCAUCGUCAGCAUGUUCGUCUCAUCAGUCAUCAUGUACAGCAGCCUGCCCGGAGUGGACGUUCCUCACAAAAUGCACUGGACUCCUGGAGAGACGGGUUACUUGGCUCAUAUCAUCAGCACUGUGUCCGAAUGGUCUCUGGCCUUUUCCUUCAUCAGCUUCUUCCUCACCUACAUCAGAGAUUUCCAGAAGAUUAACUUGCGAGCGGAGGUAAACUUGCAGAGCAGCCACCUGUACGACUGGCCACAAGGAGGCGCCGCGGCGGCAUCACAGCAGCUCAAACGUGAAGCCUCCGAGUCGUCCCCGCUGCUGGCGGGAGGAACGUGACCGGCAACGCAGCCUCGUACAAGAACUGCUUUUUCUCAUCAUGUGUAAAAAAAAAAAAAAAAAGGCUUCUUAGAGAGAGAGUUUCUAAAAGCUGUGGUGGCUCUUAAAGGUGCAGUUCACCCAAACAUAUCCUCUGUCCCCCCCAUGUUGGCUCAGCAUCUGUCGAACGCUUACACUUUCAUCUUCAACGUGAGAUUUCCCCGCUGCCUUGCACUUGCGCGCUCGGGGUUGAGCUUCAGCUGCCGCCACCUUCAGCCGACAGGGUUUGCAGGUUGGUCGCCUCAUCGAUAAUAUCAGGUUCCCUUUUGGCUUUCAGGUUAAAUACAAAAUGUUGCCACGGAGGAGCUUUUGCUCUUUCGCUCUGUCACCUCCAGUUUUUAAAUGUAGCAUCUAAGUUUUUAUAACCAAUUUUACAAAUGUGAGUUUUUUUUAUUUGAUGUAUACUGGCACAACAGCUGAUACACGAACAUGAGCCGAAUGGAUUUUUCCGUGGAUUUUCCGUGGACAAGUUUUGUGAUCAGGGUGUGCCUGAAUGCCGUUUAACAUAUUGAACUAUCUCUACCAUCUAUCUAUCUUGAACUACGCUAUCUAUGAAGAUAGAUGGUUCUGGAUUUAUUUGUCAAGUUUUUGAGAAGUGAGAGCCCCCCCCAAGUAUUGAGUUGACUGUGACACACUGAGGCUCAUUUUGUGGCAAUAUCAAUUUUCUAUGAGAGAAUGUUUUUAAAUGUGAGCCAUAAACUGUAGGAAAAACACUUCAGUCUGUCAUGUUCAUCUUAAAGGACGCUUUAAUAUUUUUAACUGAUUUUUCCGAAACCAGUUGUAUGUCUGUUUUUAUGAAGCUGCAUCAAAUUCCUUUUUUGGUGGGGGGGGUCAGUUCCCGUCUUUUAUAGAACUGACAAUACGGUUCUUUCUACUGGAUCAACAGAAGCUUAAUAAAUGUGACUUUGUGCCAACCUGAAUAAUUAUACAUUUUUAUGGUGUUUUAAACAUUCUUGAUUGAUAAAUACAUUUGAAAAUAUUAAUGUAUUGCCCCAAUAUAAUGCAUUAUUAAAUGAACUAAUGAGAAUUCAAA